AAUCACCGAUGGUGGAGCCCUCAGAGCAUUAACCUCAAUCUAAAGUUUAAAUACUACAGCUUUGUAAUGUAGGAAAAUUUUCUCAUCCUGAUUUACUUCUGAAGAUUUCCAUGUUGUGAGACUUGAGCCUCCUUGAUGCGAACCACAAAGAAAUCGAUCCAUUAAACGAUCCAAACUGCAUUGACACGACACUGGUGAGAUUUAACAGUUGGUCCGACAACAAGUGGUAUCAUUAGACUUCAGAACACAGUUACAGGAUCCUCGUUACUCAAGCUGUCCCAAGUAGCGAGCGUGAACGUGGGAACAUCAGUAUGCGGUAAACUGCCCUGACAGUUUAUAAGACGACUGACUGUGAAUUAUGACUCUUAAAUGAGGAGUACCGCACGAUAUUGCGCGCGAUAUGAGCUCCUUAUUGGAAAAAUAUACGGCGACAUUACUCUAGACUUGACUCUGCAUUUUAUUUGUUACUCAGCAAAUUUCAAAAUUUAUUGCACUAACAAGGAACAUGGCCAUCAUCCAGUUGUUCAUAUAAAUGUCAGUCGACUCGAUUUGGUUUUUAAAUUAUGGUGAAAAUAAUAGCAGCUGCUCGGACUCUACCAUAAUAAACUGAGGUCCUAGAGAGUGAUCAGAAGUUGACCAAGCCAAACUCUAACAGCUGUCAAUCUGCAGCCUCCCACGUGGUCAGCAGGGCGGGCGCAUCUCAACUAGUAGAAUGUGCAACUUUUAGGGAGGCAAACAAUUGGACUCAUUGGUAGUUGCACUUGCGCAUCCGUGUAGAUACUCCCCAACAGGAAACAACUAGCCUGCAAGUCAGGAGGCGCUUCUUCUUCUUCUCUGGUUGGCAUCCAGAUCGCUCUCAUCUGUGCGUGGCGUAAACCCGGUGCUCACUGUCGCUGCCUCUUGUUUCCGACACUAAUUUGAGACAGCGCUUUGAACCCUGAGCCUUAGUGUGCUGGAGCUGGGUGUUGUGAGUUUGUAAAGAUCGAAGCUUAGUCAGAGGCUGAGUACAAAUUGGUUGCAGAACCACAUCAACAAAACAAAGUUAUUUUGGUCAUUUUCUUUUCAUCAAGAGAGCUUUGAAGCAGGAUUUUCAGCAUGGAUACAGCCAGCAGAGACUCUGUCGGGGAAAGUAAGCCGGUGUGUCAAUGUGCCCCCAAGUCUGCGGUCCACCGGUGGCUGCCAGGUUUCCCCAUCGCCCUGUGCUUGCUAAUGUCCCUGAGCUCCAUCACCGUGUGUCUUCUGAUGAGCUUCAAGACCUUCCAGCUGGAGAACCGACUGCAGAAGGAGAUGGGCAAGGCUUCCAUUUCCCACCCGCCGCACCGGGCUUUUCUAAACGAGGAUGGGACCCUAAUUCCUGAGCUGAGCACCUCAAUAGGGAAGCUCGUGGAAGAGAAGGUGGUGGUGCUGAUGCCGAAAGUGCGUACAGCGAGGGACGUCAGCCCAGAGUGCUCCUGUCCUCCAGGGCCUCCAGGAAAGCGAGGAAGGAUGGGAAGAAGAGGGGAUCCUGGACCUCCUGGCAAGGCUGGACGGGAUGGAUACCCGGGUCCACUUGGCUUGGAUGGCAAACCAGGUUUUCCAGGUCCUAAAGGAAGCCAGGGACCAGCCGGGCCCAAGGGAGAAAAGGGUGACCAAGGAGACAUUGGGCCACGGGGCCCCCCUAAUUACAGCACAUAUGCAGGUCUGCACAGUAAUCAGAUUCUCACCGUCAAGGGUGACCAAGGCCAGGCUGGACCUGCUGGUCCUCCCGGUCCCCCAGGCCCUCCUGGUCCCAGAGGCCCCCCUGGGAACACAGGCAAGGAUGGGCCCCGUGGCCCUGCUGGAGAGCCGGGUUUUCCAGGUCGCGAUGGCAUUGAGGGACCACAGGGACUGCCUGGGAAGCCGGGAGAAGAUGGUGAACCCGGCUACCCAGGACCACAGGGUCCUCCAGGGGCAAAGGGCGAGGCAGGUAUAGGAGAAAAGGGAGAGAGAGGCAUGGAUGGACUCCCAGGAUUAAAGGGUGACAAAGGAGAAAUAGGAGAGCAGGGACCACAGGGACCCAUGGGUUAUCCUGGUGAGAAAGGCUCCUCGGACAUCAUUGACUUCAAUGGGAAGCUCCUAGAUGCUUUCCAGGGCCCACCUGGACCACCUGGACCACCAGGCCCUGCAGGGGGAAAGGGUGAGCUUGGUUUACCUGGUCCAGCAGGAGUUGAUGGGGAGAAGGGGCCUAAAGGUGACAUGGGUGAGACAGGACCAUCUGGCGAGAGAGGGGAGAAGGGAGAGAUGGGCCUCUCUGGGCCUGCUGGUAUGGAUGGACAGAAAGGAGAGAAAGGCGACUGCAGACUGGAUGACAACCUGGUUCAGAUGAUUUCCCAACCAGGCCCACCUGGCCCACCUGGCCCACCAGGAGUUCCCGGGUCCCCUGGCUCCAUGGGGCUGCAUGGGAUGCCUGGUCCGAAGGGGGAGCCUGGGGUCGGCAUAAAGGGAGAGAAGGGGGACAUUGGUUCACCUGGACCCAGGGGAUUAGAUGGCCUCCAGGGUCUGCCUGGAACUGCAGGGUUAGUGGGUCUUCCUGGUGCAAAGGGAGAAAAAGGAAGACCAGGAGAGCCAGGACUAGAUGGUUUCCCCGGUCUGAUGGGAGAGAAAGGCGAACGAGGGGAAAGAGGAGACAAGGGUGACAGGGGAGCGGUGGGAAAGAGAGGUCUGAAGGGCCAGAAGGGAGAGCAGGGCCCUCCAGGCUUGGACCAGCCUUGUCCUGUGGGACAAGAUGGGCUGCCCAUACCAGGCUGCUGGCACAAGGAGGAGAUGGCGAGGCAGAAGCUCAAACGCAAGCGUCUCUCUCAGCCCUGAAGUAGGGGGAGGGUUUGUGCGGGGCCUGGUGGAGAAAGGACACGUUGACAGGCAGAGAGCGCGAGGGGCAAAUUGGCCUUUAUGAAGCAUAGAGAGAGCCAUGUAAUGCCUCAGUGUCACACUGAACACUCAGAUCCUCCGUUAUGGAAACUCUCCAGGAGGGGGCAACGGAGAAUACUGCGUUAUCACAUUCACCUGGGAAGAGAAGACACAUGAGUGGCUGAUGAUGUUAUGCAAAUAGCUUGAUAUCCAGUGGAAAUUGUUUGGGAGUCCAUGAUGUCACUGGCACAUAAGGAAGGAUUUACUGCACAGGUAUAUUGAACAUGUUAUGGUGAUCUCUUCUAUGGUUCUUUUGUAAAGGUUUUCACUAAUUAAAUGCAUGAUCAUAACAAGGCACAGUGUUGUUUAGCAUCCUGACAGCUUUUAUGACUUGUGGUCCCUCAUUGAAACCUCAAAUGAUGGUAGAUUCAUUUUCAUUUGCAAUAAGCAGUCUUUAAUCAUCUUUCCAUUUGAACAAGCCACUCAAAAAAGUCAGUGAGUCUACCUUUUUUUACGACUUACACUUUGCAGCAGUGGUGACUCGUUUGUUGUUUUGUUUUAUUCCGUUUUAUUCUUAUCUAAUUUUAUCCAGUUACAUUUUGCAUUCCGGUGCAUUGACAUGUUUGUGGAAUAGUGAAACUUCAAGACCAGAUUUGAAGGAACCAUUUACAGUUUUCAUGUUAAACUGGUGUUUCAGUGUUUCAACCAGGGAGUUGAUCAGCUCCAACAUUAGUUGCCUUAACAAGUGAUUGCCAAUCAAUUUUUUUUCUUAAUCAUUUUCAGUGUGACUGAUCAUUACCUUUUAAUCACAGAUGAAGAUGAAGUUUAGUUAUUGUUGCCAGUUUUACUGUUGUAAGUUCUUGCUGCUGACUUAAAUGUGUGUUGUUUGUUUGAUAUUUUUGAACCAAUAUCGGUCAUUUGGACUGAAGGACUAACAGACUAAAGUAUGAAAUUUGAAACAAAUGUAUACACAAGCAUUGAUUUUGUUUUGUUUUGUUUUAUUUCUACAUUUUGGUAAUUAUUCAUUGUAAUUCAGCAAUACACCUUAGCACAGUGGUUUACAACUGUUACUUACCAUUCAUUUUUUGUGUGUGCUUUCUUUCAGUUAUCACAUCAAGUUUUAGUCUUUGUAAUACAUUUUUCUCAGAUGGAAUAAUUUCUUGGUGCUUAAAUUCUUUUUUUCUCUUAUGUGCCUGUUUAAAGCUCUACUUUGCAUACACAUGCAAACUAUGGUUGGCAAAACUAUACACAUGUACACAGACUUCACUGAUGUACUAUUUUCAAAUAUUUGGCUAUGUGUGUACAGAACAAAGAUUACAUGGAAUCAUUUGGUUCUGUUUACAUAUGUAGAAAUACAUUUACAUUAAGGGGAAUUGUAUAUUCUACACUGAUAUUAGGCGCACUUUUGAUACAACGUGAAUAAAUAAAAAGUUAUCCUUUUUAAGGCAGACUACAUGUUCAGAUUAAUCGCUAGUCAUGUCUGACUAGCAUUUCUUUGUUAGCCUGAAUAUGAACAAUGACAAUAUUGUAUUGGUCGAUUAACUUAAGUCACCAUCAGCUUGCAGGCUGCUAAACAUUUCUAAUUCCACUUUUUGCUGACAACCACAACAUCAAGUAACAUUUUGACACUCUUAAUGUUUAUUUUUGGUAUGAUUUUAGACUGGAUCUUCAGAUUAAUCAGGGAAAAAAAUGGAUGUGAUGUGUGAAAAAGUGAAAAUGGAAUUUGCUAUUCCAAUUAGAGAAAUUUGUUUAAAGGGCGGUUUAGUAGAAGGAUAAUGGUGUAAGUUAAGUACAGAAAACACAGUACAUUGGUAAUACUGACUUCUUCUUUGUAAUUAAAAAUAUCCACUAGCUGACCUGUAAACUGUCAUGUUGUAAUAAUGGACACAUUUUCAGUGGUAGUUCCUGUUUAGGUGUAAAAUGACAAUGUGCAACAUCUCGGAUCUGUUUGAUUUUUGUAAAGAUCCUUUUAUGUUACAUCUGCAAAGUGGUAAAGUUGCAUUACUGACAUCACACAAAACAAUUUCCAUAUCAGUAGUAGGAUAAACUUAAUGUCCUGCUCUUUUUUUUGUUUGUUUGUUUUUUUUUACUUCAGAAGGGGUUUGUAAGAAAGGUCAGUGCAUCAUAUAUUAAAUCUAUACAGUACAACUUGUUUAUGAAGUUAAAGGUAUUCUAGAAAUGUUUUCUACGAAACAAAAAUCUGUAAAUGAGUUGCAUAUCAUUAAGCUAAGACAGAAUAUCUGACAUACAAACUUGAUUUGAGAAUCGUAUUGAGUCAGAAAUUAUAUUGAGAGCAGGAUGGUUUGACUGCAAAUCACACAGGUGUUGGCAUUAUUUUACUGGAAGCUGAUGGAUAUCUGUCACUUAACAUUAUUACAUGUGUUUAUUUCUUUUGCAGAUUCUGUCAGUUUCAGUUUUAAGGCUUAAUGAAGUCAAUGAAUGGGACAAUAUCUGAGUACAGUUUGGUGUUUUAGCAAAUCAUAUAUCACAGUAUUAGCUUGACUUUGUGAGAAUGUUUUUCGGUUGUGUAUUUGGUUGUAAAAGAAUUAAGCUAUUUUUGUAAUUACUUGUCUAAAUAUGUAUAACUUGAAAUCUGGUUAACUAAACAUGUAGACUGAAAUAAAUGCUCUGGUUUUAUGGUUUCUAGUCCAUUAAAUCAUAUGUAAUCAUGUAAGAUUA